AAGCGCUGUAACACCAGACCAGGGCCGAUGAGCAAGACUUUUUUUUAAUCCAUUUAUUCCUAUUGGCUUAUGUAAUCUGGCUUUCAGCCGUUUCAACGAUCGCCUAUUUCGGGACCUUGUACCGUUGCGCUGGGAUACCCCAUUCUUGUCUCAAGUUGGAUGGCUGAGCUGGCGCGUCAAUAUAUCCCGUCAUGCUGCUGUGGACGUAUCUCGGCUCUGUCCCUGAUGGCAACACGCUGUCGAUUAAGCCUCUAGGGUGGGAAACUGUAGGCCUUGUCGUCGGCCAUGACUAAUGAGCGAAGAAGAAUAGCCUGGAGAGCGAUUGCUGGAUGCUGGACUGUAUUCAUCGCCAACGCAACAAGCGGAUACUCAUUCGCGGGGCUCAAGGCGUCGAAUCGCGGUGGUUUCGGCCAAGCCAACGAUAGUUAUCUCAUCUGCCUUCAGGCCUACCAGGACGAGGAUCUACUUGGCCGUCGGUUGUUAUCGGUUUCGAGCCGAUGAACUGCCUCAAUCGGGUCUCGGCCAUGGGGUGACAGACCCGGGACGGAGCAGCGGGAAAAGGUAGUGGGCACUAUUAAGUGAGAUCGCAUCGCGACCGGGCUCGCCGAUCCGGACUAAGGGCGCCGGGGCUGGAAAGAAAAGCUGUCGCGUGCUUCCAGGCUUCAUGUGACUAUGGGUCGGAGCCAGUUCCGGUACCGAAAGCCUUGGGCACAGCAGGAGUGUGGGAAAAUGCUGCUUUUACGCAAUUUUCCUCCUUUCCGGGGGUUGAUUUGCCAUGAGGAUCAUUAC